GGCGCGUCACAUUUUAAAGUGCUUUUUCUUUGACGCAUUCAUCACCUCGCCAUUGCCGCCCACCACAAGCUUGUUUCUCACUGUGUUUCCUGGACCAUAGGUUCCUGUUGAGCACCGCAUCUGUUGUAUUUGAAUCGCCUCAUCCGUCAAGUUUUUUUCUUUAAAAAAAAACAAAAGAAUGCCUGUCAAGAAGCAGAAGGAAGCCGUGUCGGCUUUUGAGGCCCGCCGGCUAAACAACAUCAAGGCCAAUAACGAGAUACUGAAGGAUCUUUCAACCACGGCUGCAAAGAUCGCACCGCCUCCACCUCCGAAACCUCAACCUCGCCCGCGGCCUAAGAGGCAGCCUGUCGAGAAACGAGAGCAACCCAAGAGGGAGAGGGCGGUGCCCACUCGCGCAAGCUCACGCCUCAAGGGCGAAACUCCAAAGCGAGAAGCUGAAGACUCGGUUCCUGCCUCGCUCUUGCCUCCGGAUAGGCCGGCAAAGAAAGUAAGGGUCAAUGAGGACUUGAAACUCGGCGACAUCCUUGUCGAGGGCCGCAAGUUCACCAAUGGGGUCGAUGCCAUCACAGGCCUCGUUGCUCUGCCAAGGCUGGGUGCGGAACCCGGGGUGCGGACAUUUGACGAGGACGACAUCAAGGAGACCACCGAUGAAGACCUGCGCCAGACCCGGGAGAAGAUGAACAGCCUGGAACUUUACGACAAGUGGGCUGUGAAUGACAUUAAGAUUGUACCACAGCGCAUUUACUCGAUGGGGUUCCACCCAACAGAGGAGAAGCCACUCAUUUUUGCCGGGGACAAGGAAGGCGCCAUGGGGAUUUUCGACGCAUCCCAGGAGGCCCCCGAGGUCGACGACGACGACGAAGAUGCCGAGAUUGCUGAUCCUGUCAUCGCAGCGUUCAAGACACAUGCGAGAACCAUUUCGUCAUUUCACUUCCCACUCACAGACAUGAAAUCAGUUUACACGGCCUCAUACGACUCCUCAAUCAGGAAAUUGGACCUUGGAGCUGGCACCCCGGUUUCUGUACAGAUAUUUGCGCCGAGCGACGACGAGGAUCUACCUAUAAGUGCGAUCGACAUGGCACACAACGACGCCAACACAAUUAUUUUCUCAACUCUUUCAGGAUCCGUCGGCCGAUACGACGUCCGGACCAAGGACGAAGCAGAGGUCUGGGAACUCAGCGACUCCAAGAUUGGUGGCUUCUCAUUACACCCCCACGCUCCCCACCUCUUUGCCACGGCGUCGCUCGACCGGACCAUGAAGAUAUGGGAUAUGCGAAAGAUCUCAGGCAAGGGCGAGUCACGGCUUCCGGCCUUGAUCGAGGAGCAUGUUUCGAGGCUGUCGGUAUCACACGCGUCGUGGAGCCCCGGUGGCCACAUUGCCACCAGCUCCUACGACGAUACCAUCAAGAUAUACGACUUUAGCGAUGCCGCCUCGUGGAAGGUGGGGCACAAGAUUAGGGAGAAAGAUAUGAAGCCGUCGAGCAUUGUAAAGCACAACAACCAGACUGGAAGAUGGGUCACGAUCCUGAAACCACAAUGGCAGCGGCGGCCAACAGAUGGCAUUCAAAAGUUUGCGAUUGGAAACAUGAACCGCUUUGUGGAUGUGUACGAUGCCAACGGCGAGCAGCUGGCCCAGCUGGAUGGCGAGGGCAUUACCGCUGUGCCGGCCGUUGCGCAUCUGCAUCCAUCUCAGAACUGGGUUGUCGGUGGGACGGCCUCGGGCAAAGUGUGCUUGUGGAUGUGAGUUGGCACGCAUUGGUUGGGUAAGUCCUUAAUGGCGUGCAGCACUCACCCGGCGCGGGGCCUCGCCGGGUGGCUGACAGGAUUGGGUAGGUCGAUGUCAGAGCAUACAGCUUUGCAACAGUCUUUGAAUAUGGAUUGUAAAUUGUGAACUCGAGCCUCGUGUUUCCCGUGUUAGUCGCUU